CAAGAUAUCAAGAAAACCCCCAGCUCCAACACCCAUUGCGCGAGACACCAUAAGCGUAGGAUGGAAUGCGGGGAAUACCACCUGUCCUCACGGGUGCCCGGCCCAUUGGCGUCGCCGAGUUCAAGGAGGCGGUUGACGCCAUCUGCCGUCCCCGCUUCCCGAACCCGGUGUCGGCCAAGGCCAAGAACCGCCCGGCCCCUGUUGCUCUAGCCAUAAGCGGCGGCGUCGAUUCCAUGGCUCUGGCCUACUUGUGCAACCAGACCCUCCGCCAAUACCGUAGCUUUGACGGCUGGCGCGUAGCCGACAACCCUGUCGACUACUUCAUCGCCGUCACCAUCGACCAUGGCUACCGCGAAGGCAGCGCCCAAGAGGCUGCGAGGGUGUCGGCUCUGCUGAGGAAGUACCCAACCUUCCGGAUCGCCGAGCCGAGCCGGAUCCAGUGGAGGAAGCUCCUGAGGAAGCCGGGCCACUUCCCGUCUGCCAAGGAGGCGCGCGAGAUGCUCCACGAACUGCCCAACUUCGAGACCGUGGCCCGCGAGCAGCGCUUCCAGAUCUUCGCGCGUCGCAUGCAGAUCCGCGGCGCCGUCUCCAUGUUCCUCGCCCACCACGAGGACGACCAGUACGAGACGGUGCUGAUGCGCCUGCUCAACUACCCCAGCCCCCGCGGGCUCAUGGGCAUCCCGCCGGCUGGGGACAUGCCUCACAUCGACAGCAUCUUUGGCUCGCACGCGAGCGGCUUCAUCGACGACCAGCUCUCCAGCAACCCCAUGUACCGCAUGACAAUGCUGUCCAACGAGCGGGCGGGGAUCCGGGACGCCCUCAAGUCGGAGAUGGCUCUGAACUGGGAAGAGCUUGAGCGAGAGCUGCGCGAUGGGGCAAGUGGCGACUCCGAUCCCCUCGGGGUGGCCUCGCUCGACUUUACGCCAGGUCGCCGCCUGGGUAUGCAUUCCCGCCACGCUCCGCUCAACAUCGCCCCGUGUCCUGUCGAGGACGGGGGCGCCAUGAUUUAUCGACCACUUCUGGAAUUUUCCAAGGAUCGCCUCGUGGCCACUUGCGUCCACAACCGAGUCCCCUGGUUCGAGGAUGAGAGCAACAAAGAUGCCACGCUCACCCAGCGCAACGCACUUAGGCACCUAGUGCAAAACUACACCCUGCCAGUUGUGUUACAGAAGCCUGCCAUCUUGAAAAUCUCCAAGAGAUGCCGGGCAAAGUAUGAGGUCCAGCAGGCGGAGGCCUCGAGGCUAUUACAGCAGACGGACCUGUUUGACUUUCAGCCCAAUGCCGGAACCAUCGUUGUCAAACUCCCCGAGCUCUCGAUGCCGAGACCCCGGCGGGCAUCAUCUAUCUCCGCUGCCCGUGAGUUCCGGGGUCGUCUGAAGCACUUGAGAACGGUCGCAGGCCUCCUUAUCCGGAAGCUGUUACGGGUCGCCUCGCCAAUGCCCAUAGUGACCACGCUCGAUAAUAUGCAGCCCUUUAUAACCCGAUUAUUCCCUUCUCUAGCGCCGACUACAGAAGGCACGGCUGCCCCUGGCUCGGUGCAAGGGUUCGUUCUAAACCACGUCCACUUCACCCCUUUAUUCCAGGAAACAGAGGACGGCAGCAAGGAGCUACACUGGCGACUGGCGCGGGCACCACAUAUCUCACCCUCGCGCCAGCGAUUCCCCGCCCUCGUAAAUGACAUUCCGCGUUAUCUCGAGCCACUGUGGUGGCGGCCUCGCUCGGAGCUGAAGCUCUCUAGCAAGAACGAGAAACACUACCGCUUCCGCCCCUACGACGGAGGCCGAUUCUGGUUCAACAUUGUGCACCGACUUCCCAAUCGCAUCCUGGUCGGGCCCCUCGAGGUUGGCCACCUGAGGCGCUUCCGGGAGCAGCUGCCCGACGACGCCGAGCGCAAGAGACUGGAUGGGCUGCUGCGCCGGUACGCGCCUGGAAAGGUGCGCUGGACACUCCCCGCCAUCUACACGCUCGGGCCUGUCGACUGGGCCCUGCGGGAGCCCAACCUACCAGACACAGACAUGUCGCCCCAGAGGCAGGUGGAGGUAUGGUCUAGCAUCUGGGGCGAUGGGAACGCAAGCAUCAACCUGGUUGCCAUCCCCACGUUGGGCGUGCAUCUUCAGGGGAUCGACGAGUGGAUCAAGUGGGAGGUUCGGUUCCGCAAGGUCGGCACCGAGGUGCUGAAGCGCGUCGAGGCCUGCGAGCUGCAGAGGCUGGACAAGGCCGUGUCCUGGCUCCGUCACAGGGCGCCUCUGGACAAGCGGCGGCCCCCAAGGGACGAUUAUCGACUGUCAGACAUGGGCGUCAAUAAAUUGACGCCCUGUAUCACGGCCGAGGAUUUCGGCGAGAGAAAGGCAGCUUGUGCAACAUGAGGCUAGUUGUUACGAAUGUUGCAACACUCUUUUCGUCCGCGGCAAACAUGGGAAAGAUUGCGGCAGAGUGCCUGAUGAAUUCGGGACCCAGUCCAUGAGGGGAAAAAAUAACAAAAUGUGCAACAUAUAUCUCGCGGCAAUCUUGCUUGAAUGUAUAAGGCAGGUGGGUUUUGCGCCCUUGUCUGAUGAUGCCAGCGCUUUGCCGCUCCCUAAUGCCGACUUGCCACUAAACGACUGGAACAGCGCAC